AUGACUGCGUACCCCGUCGGAUGGGUACAGUCCAGAAGCCAGGACGUGACCCAGACAGACAAUGCCACAGUCCUCGAUAGUGGGAGCGUAUCCAUGUCGCUCAUGGAAGCCUACUGGCAGGAAUCAGAUCUUCCGAACUUCGAUCCGGAAUAUGCGGCUAUACUGGCAUCGAAAUUCAGCACAGGCACAGCCGAUGCCCCAGCCGAAACAGCGUCGCCACCAGGUCGAAGUCAACUCACCUCAGCCACGUCGACCGUCGAGGCGGACUCUGGAGAAGCUACCGGUCUCAAUAGCGGCGCUAAAGCAGGCAUUGGCAUUGGAGUAGCCUUGGGAGUAAUAAUACUGUGCGUCGCUGGGUUUUUACUCUACAGGAGACGCGUUCAGAAGGUGAAGCUGGACCGCAAAUCUGCUUCACAAAACGAGCAGCCUGAGUUGGUUCAGACACGCGCCGCGUAG